AUGCCGGAGCCCGGGCCGGACGCCCCCAGCGCCGCUAGCGCGCAACCCCCGCCGCCGCCGCCCCCACCUCCCGCGCCCAAGGAUUCCCCAUUCUCCAUCAAGAACCUGCUCAACGGAGACCACCACCGGCCGCCCCCUAAGCCGCAGCCGCCCCCACGGACGCUCUUCUCGCCGGCCUCAGCCGCCGCCGCCGCCGCUGCCGCCGCGGCGGCCAAGGGGGCCCUGGAGGGCGCCGCAGGCUUUGCCCUCUCGCAGGUGGGCGACCUGGCUUUCCCCCGCUUUGAGAUCCCGGCGCAGAGAUUUGCCCUGCCUGCGCACUACCUGGAGCGCUCCCCGGCCUGGUGGUACCCCUACACCCUGACCACCGCCGGCGGCCACCUCCCAAGACCUGAAGCCUCGGAGAAGGCCCUUCUGCGCGACUCCUCCCCAGCUUCGGGCACCGACCGCGACUCCCCGGAGCCGCUGCUCAAGGCCGACCCCGACCACAAAGAGCUGGACUCCAAGAGCCCGGACGAGAUCAUUCUGGAAGAGAGCGACUCCGAGGAAGGCAAGAAGGACGGCGAAGCGGCGCCGGGCGCGGCCGGAGCGACCGUAGGGACAGCCGCGGUCACGCCAGGCGCAGAGGACUGGAAGAAGGGAACCGAGAGUCCGGAUAAGAAGCCGGCCUGCCGCAAGAAGAAGACGCGCACUGUCUUCUCGCGCAGCCAGGUCUUCCAGCUCGAGUCCACCUUCGACAUGAAGCGCUACCUGAGCAGCUCCGAGCGCGCCGGCCUGGCCGCGUCCCUGCACCUCACCGAGACGCAGGUCAAGAUCUGGUUCCAGAACCGCCGCAACAAGUGGAAGCGGCAGCUAGCGGCGGAGCUGGAGGCGGCCAACCUGAGCCACGCUGCGGCGCAGCGCAUCGUGCGGGUGCCCAUCCUCUACCACGAGAACUCAGCGGCUGAGGGCGCGGCGGCCGCGGCCGCGGGGGCCCCAGUGCCGGUCAGCCAGCCUCUGCUCACCUUUCCGCAUCCCGUCUACUAUUCGCACCCGGUGGUCUCGUCCGUGCCACUGCUACGGCCAGUCUGAGGCUUGAGAGGGGAGGGGGAGGGAAAGCCCGCCCCUUCUUCCGGACCCGGAGGAAACUGGCCAGGCGGAGGGCGGCUAGAAGUCCAGCCGCCUUCGGGAACCCGGGCUUCAGCACGCUGCCCCGGACUCCCCUCCCCCAAUCGGUAGUGUUUUGUAAGUAUUUGCAAUGCAUUUUCGUGCAAUUCAUCCCUAAUGGAUUUGAGGCCCUUCCCCUCUUACUUUUGACUUUGGCUUAUCCUAAGAGAAAACAGGGAAAAGACGAAAUUCCCGGGUCAAACAUUUCGGCUGAAAGCUUUUGUAAAAUGUGCAGCCCUCCACCCAAAUUUGCAUUGCUCUGUGGCUUUUUGCUUUUAUUUUUAUAGAAGGAAAAUAAGCGCAAAACUCGAAUUCCUCUCAUUUAUUCAUGUUCUUUAGAACUCUUUUCAGGACCCAGGAGGAUUCAUAUGGCAGUACUUUUAUUUCUGGGUGUGGUUCUGUUCUUCCUCCCCUCCCCCAAUCAGUUAUGCCCGGCAAUUUUCAGAAUCUCAGCAGCCUAUCCUAAGAACCCGAUGCAGGCCACUUUUCUUUCUGGGAUAGGCCUGUCUCAGUGAACCGCUUCAUCUAUCUCCUUUUGUGAUGGAAGAAUUCUAAGAAUUUAAAGCGAAAAGAUAAGACAGCCAAAAAUCAGAACUCUGGCUACUGAAACAGCUCUACUUCUGGCGGGGUUUGAGUGGUCUUAUUUAUUGGUAGCAUUUAUUUUGAGAAUUUCACUGGGUAAAUUAUUAUUAAUAUUACUGUUAUUACUUUGUUCCCUGCUUUGAAAGAGUGAUUUCAAUAUUUUUUAAAAAUUCUAUCUUUUAUCCUCUUCCCCCUACCUUUUUAUUCUGCAGUAACUGUUGACUUUGACCUGUGCAAUAUUGUACAAAAUUUCCUGAGAACCCUGUUUCCUCCUCCAUCGAGGGGAACGGACUUUUCCACCUUAUAAUCAUAACCCUACAUUUGGAAAGAUAAAAAAUUAGGCAGGCAAUGGUGGGAAGGAAGGAGAAAUCAUAGGUAGUGAUUCUCAAAGGAAUAAGUUAGACAUACUGGAGCGCUUUAAGUGAAGGACAAUCAAUUUAGGAGAAUUUUAACUUAUUUGAUAAAUGUACAGGUUUCUUGUAAAGUUCAUCCUCAGCUCCACAGGGCUCCUGGCUCUGUUAUCCAAUCUGUUUUCUUUCUGUCCGCUACACCUGUUGUUCUGAGAUAGUCUGUUUCCCUUCAUCUCCCUCACCUCUGCUGAGGUCAGGCCCUUUUUAAGAAAAAGGAAAAAACCCACAAAAUAUUGUUACACUUAAUGUUGUGAAAUUGAAUUAAUUAAAAAGAAAAGCGAAGCCUUUUGCGUUGCCAGAGUGUGUAACUUUGGA